UCGAUAUAUUCGUGUCUGCCUUCCACGAAGCUUCAUCAAUGUGUCGCCGAUGGGAGGCAAAUAGAAGGUCUUUACAGGGCGUCCUUUUUUAUGGACUGUGGCGUCUCCCCACUUAGCACACAUCCCACCUCCAGGUCAGAUCUCGCCGCCCACCACAGCCGCGCACAAUGGGCUCUGCACAUUCCUCCCACUCCUCCAUCUCUACCGCGGCCGACGAAGGCGACGAUGAUCCAUCGACUGCCUCAGCCUUGGAGCCCACGGCCCGGCCCCCUCCCGCCCAAGCGCCGGCUCCACCGACCUCUGCGUCCAAGGUGCUGGAGCAGGAGCCCGAGGUGCUCCCCUGCCGAGCCGCCGACUCGCCUCUCUCGCCGCAGCCAUCCGUAAUGGGCACCCCACGCCUCCUGGGCCCCAACAUCAAGGUCUGGGACCCCUGCCACGUGCUCCUUACGCCACCGUCGCCGCUCCAGCACCUCCCGCAGCAGGGGAGAACGGAAGCGCUGCUGGAGGUUGUUGUAGUUAGCCACGGGGAAUGUGCGUUCGCGAUGCGGCCCGACCUGGUUGGUGGGCGAUGGCCGUCGGUGGCCCUCACGGCGCGCGGGGAGCGACAGGCGCGCGCGCUGUCUGUUUUCCUGCGCUCCCGUGGUUCGCAGCUGGCCGCCGCGUGGACAUCGCCUCUCGACCGUUCCCGCGCUACUGCUGAACUUGUCUGCCGGGAACUUGAUUUCCCAGAGGAGCAGAUCCAAGUAUCAGAUGCUUUGACUGAGAUGAGUCAUGGUCAGUGGGAGGGCUGCCCAAAAUCAGAAAUUUAUACCCCAGAAAUGGUUAAUCUGAUGGACAGCACCCAGCCUGAUUUCUCAGCACCUUCAGGAGAGUCACUCAGGCAGGUGCAGUUCAGGAUGAUGGAGUUCCUGAACCGAACAGUCAUAAGGUUACCAGAAAAGGUGGCUAUGGGGGAUACACUAUCACAACAAAAUGACGCAAAGGGCUUAUCUCGGCAGAGCUCCAGCAAUUCCGUCCAAGAUGGCCCAGCUUGGGAUUUGCUUUACAGGCUCAAUCGGCAUAGCCUUCAAAGGAAGAAAUAUGGUAAAAGCCGUCUCCAGUUUGUCACUUCGGUUGACAAUGAUACGGAGGAUGAGUUCUCUGUGAAAGACAUGAACCAAAGGCAUCACCUUCACGAAGCAAGUCUGGGGAGCUGUACAACCUCCAUUGCAAUUUUUAGCCAUGCAAUCCCCAUUCGAUGUCUCCUUGUGGGCUUGCUGGACUGCAACCCUGUGAUGUCACAGAGGAUAUGUAUAGACGAUUCAUCUGUCACGGUUCUUGAACAUUCGCUUAGAACCGGGUGGCGAAUAAAGAGGCUAAAUGAUACUGGGCAUCUCAGGCUUCUCUAGCUGCAAGCUGUUUCGCUGCAGCUGGAAUCUAACUGACGUGUGUUUAUGCGUCGUAAAGAAACUAUUAGGUCAUAUUAUGCAAAUCAGAUGCUAUGGUUGUCGGCUCAUGUUCACCUAUGCUACCAUGGGAAUGGAGGUCCUCCGCUUGUUGUUCAUUUGCAUUUACUACCAUGCAUCUACCCUGUGAUUGUUAAUCAUUAUUUUAUCAAGUUAAUUUCCAACUCAUCCUUGGUGUAUCAUUCUUUCUUUUCACCAACCAUUUUGUAUGUUUUGGGACAUCUGCAAAUAGUCUUCUACUCCUUUUUA